CGAGAGGCGAUUUUUAUAGCCCGCCCCGCCUGUCUCCGCUCCGAUUGGCUCGUGCUGCCCGGCCUCGGAGCCAAUCCACGCUGGACAGUGUUCGCGCGUGCCCCUCACCGUGUGGACGGUGAGGCGAGACCGGCUGAGCCGCACGCGCCUCCGCCAAUCAGGCAGCCGCAUGCGUCAAUUCGCCUCUGCCUCUUCACCAAUUCGUGGGGCCAAUCCACACGCCAGCCUUGCCAUCAGCUGAUUGCACGAGCCAUCGGGUUAAACAAGCCUGUGCGCCCUGUUCAAAUUGGCCACGCUUCGGUUGGCCUCGUCUUGCCUUGCCUUGCGUCGUAUCGUCUUGCCGAUACCGGAAAGAAGACGUUGGGGGUGUGCAACGCGAAGGCUGGUUUACUCGCAUUUACGUCACAAAAUGACCAGUAUCGAUAG